AUGGGAGAUUCGAGUCACUUGGAGAAAAUGGCAAGAGAACUCAAGUGCCCUAUUUGCUUGAGUCUGUUUAAUUCUGCAGUUUCGCUUUCGUGCAACCAUGUCUUUUGCAAUGCAUGUAUAGUGAAGUCAAUGAAAAUGGAUGCUACUUGUCCAGUAUGUAAAAUCCCAUACCAUCGUAGAGAGAUUCGAGGUGCUCCUCAUAUGGAUAGCUUGGUGAGUAUUUACAAGAGCAUGGAAGAUGCUUCUGGGGUCAACAUACCUGAAAGCCAGAAUAAAUCAUCACCAUCUGAUAAAGAGAAGCAUGAGAGACCUGCUUCCACAAAAAAGGCAAAUGAUAAGAAGCAUCAGGGAUCUGCGAAAAGCUUAACAUCCAAGAAGAAGAGGUGCAGAAAGACGAAGGAAGCUGAUUUAGAUGCACCUGGACCUAUUGUUAUGAAACCUUCAUCCCAAACCAAGAAAAGAGUGCAGCUGUUGCAGAAUCCGUCUUCUGAAAGUUUAACAAAAUCUACAGAAUCUGUUGAAGUCGCUGGAAAACUCAAGGAUUACACUGAAAAAACUGUGGUUCGUUUGAAUGAGCAUCCAUGUGAGGAUAAAGAAGGAAAUUUGGCACCUUUCUUUUGGGUGAGAGAUGAAGAUGAUGGGGAGAGCUUAAGUCAGCGAGCUACAAGUGAUCAACUUUCAGACACUACACCUGUUGAUGUUCCUUCUUUCAGUGAUUUGAAGGACUCAGAUCAUGAGAGCCUGUCGAAAGCAGAUGAGCAUGAGAAGCCCAACCUCGGAGAGAUGUUUGAUAGCGAAAUGUUUGAAUGGACUCAGAGGCCUUGUUCUCCAGAGAUUCUACCUAGUCCUGUGAAGGCCAAGGUCCUAGGUAGACGUGAGAUUGAUCUUACUCAAAAGAAACUAUCUAAAGUAGUAAGAUCCAAAUAUAAGAAACGAAAAGCAGGAAGUGCAAGAAAGACAGUUGCUAGACUACAUGUUGAGGUUUCACAGGAGGACCAAAUGGAAUCAUCUGCAGGAGCAGAUAUUGGUGAGAAACAAGAUAGUCGUGGAACUUCUGGCACAAUCAUCGGAAUAAAUGGAAAUCCUGAUGAAAAUGCGAAUGCUAGACGGGUUACAAGAAGCAAGGGUAAGUGUUCAAAUGUUCAGUCUGGUCUAAAUAUAUCUACUGAAGCAGAUGGGAAGCAGGGGACAAAGAGGAAAAGAUCUACCGUUAAGUCCUCUCCAGCUCAACCGAUUGCUGGAUCUAAUGAGCUCUCACACGGAACAAAAAUUGCGGGAAAGGGGGAUCAGGAUCAAGCCCACAAUUCAUCUGAUGCACAGCCUGAAAAGCACAGUCCCACCAAGAAAUCAUCUCUUAGAAAAAGCAGAAGAAAAUCUAAUGCAAACUCCUUACCGAAAGAUGUUCCUGGGAGAACUGAAAAGAAGACUUCAGAAAAGAGAUCAAAGCUUGAUUCCUGUUCAGUCCCAAGCAAAGUUACACAACUGCGUGGCAAGAGAAUUCUAAGUGAUGAGUUGAAUCAAGUGGGUGAUAGACAAGAUUCAACAAACAAAAAGAACUCCACCGUAGAUGAAGGCAAUCAUACCAUUCAAGUUUUAGAGAAAUGCUCAACGGUAAACAAGCCUCCACUUGAAGGUAGUGUAUUUUUGCGACGAUGUGAUGGACCUCCCAUAAAUAAAUUCACAUGUGCCUUUUGUCAGUCUUCAGAAGACACAGAGGCUUCAGGAGAAAUGGCUCAUUACCACAGAGGUGAGCCUGUCUCUGCAGAUUUUAAUGGUGCGUCUAAAGUCAUACAUGUUCACAAAAACUGUGCUGAAUGGGCUCCAAAUGUAUACUUCAACAACCUUACCGCGGUCAACCUCGAUGUAGAAUUGACAAGAAGCCGGAGAAUAAGUUGUAGUUGCUGUGGGCUUAAAGGCGCAGCACUUGGUUGUUACAAUAAGAGUUGCAAGAAUAGUUUUCAUGUUACAUGUGCAAAACUGAUACCAGAAUGCAGAUGGGACAAUGAAAACUUUGUAAUGCUAUGCCCUUUAGAUGCGUCCUCUAAGUUGCCUUGUGAAGAGACUGUUCCAAAAGAAGGAAAACGCAAGCGUACUCCUAAAGGACCAUUGCAUACACCAUCAAACCAAGUAGCUGGAGAAACUGACAUUGCCGAGCUCCAGCGUAAGCCUUUUCAAGGAUUACCCAAGAAAUUGGUUAUAUGCUGUUCAGGACUUGCAGAUGAAGAGAAGACUGUUAUUACAGAAUUUGCAGAACUGUCUGGCGUUAUGAUCUCGAGAAAAUGGGAACCAAGUGUUACACAUGUCAUUGCAUCGGUCAACGAAAAUGGAGCCUGCAAAAGGACCCUCAAAUUCAUGAUGGGGAUCUUGGAGGGGAAAUGGAUUCUAAGCAUUGAUUGGAUCAAGGAUUGUAUGAAAAACAGAAAAUACGUAAGCGAGGAGCCAUAUGAGAUUUCCAUGGAUGUUCAUGGAAUACGACAAGGACCUUAUCUUGGAAGACAAAGAGCUUUGAACAAGAAAGCAAAACUUUUUAAUGGAUUGAAGUUUUACAUUAUGGGAGAUUUCGAGGCUGCGUACAAAGGUUAUCUUCAAGAUCUGAUUGUAGCAGCAGGAGGAACAAUCCUGCGAAGGCGUCCGAUUUCAAAUGAUAAUGAAGCUUCUUCAACGAUCAUAGUAUUUAGUGUAGAGCCAAGCAAGAACAAAACUCUGACUCAAAGAAGAUGUGAUGGUGAAGCUUUGGCUAAAUCUGUAAGAGCCAGAGCUGCAAGCAGUUCAUGGGUCUUGGAUUCUAUUGCAGGUUGCCAAAUUUUAGACUUGAUAUAA